AUGGUUAUUUCGGGCUCGGUAUCUAAUCAAGGUCUCAGUGGCAAUACAUCAUCGACCGGGAUCGCGACCAGCCCACCCAGCGCUAGCCCGCGACCGGGCUUCCUGCGCCGCUUAUCAUCAAACGUCGUGCGGCGUGUUUCGACGUCUUCCUCUUCUCCCGACAACUCGCAACCCGCCACUAGAAGUUCGACGCCGUUUUCCUCCCAGCCCAUGACUCGCGACAACUCGGAUUCGACGAGGGAGUCGAGGGCCCCGUGUCAACAUGAAAUUCCCCCCACGGGCCCACGGUCUACCUGUCUUGGCAUCGAGGGCCCCAGAGUGCACGGUGUCUUCUACACCCUCAGCACCUACUCUCAGGAUGUUCCCCAGUGGUCGAUGUGCGAGUGUUGCUUCGGGGCCACCGUGCGUGGCACUGAGCUCGAGCCUCACUUUACGAGGAAGGCGAUGACCUCGGUCUGCCGCUUCUCGACCCCGCGCGCACGUCGGUUUAUAGCGGCUGGUGACCUUCUCGACCUCGAGGAGUUUAUUCGCACGCGUUCCAAGGUUGUCCCAUGCUCUGGGUCCACGCCGACAGCGUCCACCAAGUGGUAUGACUGCGGAAUUGAGGAGUUCAAGACGUGCGAGGCAUGCUACGAGGACGAGGUGGCCGAGUCUCGGUUCGAUCGCCGCUUCACCGAAAGUUCCACCAAGGCGCCCAAUGUCUGCACCUUCAACCAGCCCUUCAUCAAACGCGUGUAUGAGGACGCAACGAGCUGGGCGCAGUGGCGCCUCGCUGUGCAUCAGCGCCUUUCGCUGCCAAAUUGUGUCGCUGAACCAGUCGCGCCCAGCCACAUGACGUUCUAUACACUCACGGGCACCGGUCGCACCCUUGACGGCUUCCAGAUCUGCGAGACGUGUUACCUCGACUUCUUCGCCCACACCGACCAUGGGACGCAAUUCGGAGUCGAUGAUCUGUCGCACCUGCCCCCGGAUGAAAAGGUGUUGUGCAGCCUGUCGGUCAACUCGCUACGCUAUCUGACGAGCAAAAUCGACACAUUCGAUGCCUGGUGGCACUCUGUCAAGGCUAUCCACCUUGACCAGAACCGCAAAUGGGCGCACACGCGUCGACAAAUGUUCGAGCUGCCCGGUCGCAACUUGCACGUAUGCGAGUCGUGCUGUCACGGCUACCUGAGCCCUAUGGGGUAUGCCUCCGAGUUCGACCCUGCGACGCGGACCGACAUUGAGUGCGAUCUGUGCUUCGUCUCGCCCAAGCAGGAAAACUAUCUCAGCAAGCUGAUCGAAUCUGCUUGCUCGCCGCGCCGUUUCGACUUAUUCUUGGAUGCAGUGCGGAUCUACGAGCAUAUCCCGCCGUUCGAGCUGUGUCCCGGCCGCAAGCUCAAGAAGGACUUUUACGGAUACGAGUACUGCGGCGUCUUCAUGUGCCUCGAGUGUCACGAGGCGUUUGCGCGCCCCACGUUCUCCUCGCUCAACCUCCCUGCUCACCGCGCGGCGCGCGUCGCCCGGAACGACCAGGGUGACGAGUAUCUGAUCUGCGAGCUAUACUCUCCACGCGUGCGCAAGAUGUGGUCACUCGUUGUUGCGGGCAAGAUGCGCUGGGACGACCUGCAGGCGGCGAUCUGGCGCCGGCGCGAGACCUACUUCCGCACCGUCUUCGUGGCAGAGUACCUCAAGUACUACAUGCAAAAGCAGGCACAGGAAGGCGGCAAGUACAUCGUCGCCGCGCCCGCCAACUGCGGCCUACCUGUUCCCGCUUCCCAGCGUCGUCUCUCUACCUCCCCCGCGCCCGAGGAGGACGUGGCCGAUGCAGCAGGCAAGCGCCGCCGCCCGAGCUGGAAAAAGAUGUUGUCACAGCACCAGGUGCCUAAGAAGCGCCCGCAGGAGCAGGCAUACGACGUGCAGGGCCAGAUCAGGCUGCUGGAGUCGCAGUGGGCUGCCGUGGAGUGA